CAAACUCGACCACCGUACUCGAUACCCUUUCCCCUCUAUCUCACUAUGAUGUUUUUUUUUUCUCUAACUUUUAGCUACUAUAGCUAAGUUUGUACCUUCAUUUUGCAGUGCCUUUACACAGACAGUCAUUAUAUAUUUAUUUUUUUCGUUUUCCAUCAUGUUCACGACCACCGGUUCCCGAGGGCUCGAUAAGGCCCCCCUGUCUAAAGGUCUCCUCCUGGUCCUCAGUGGUCUGACUGUCGUGCUAACCCUCCUGCCACAGUACAAUCACCUGUUCACCUACAGCCUGCAGGCCAUCACGUUGCAGCACCAGGUAUGGCGGUUAGUGUGUGGCAGACUGAUCUGUCUGGACCUAAAGGACACCUUCUGCAACAGUCUGCUCAUCUACAACUUCCGCAUCUUGGAGAGACAGUUCGGCAGCAGAAAAUUUGCUUCCUUCCUGUUUGGGACGUGGGUGCUCACUGCACUGGUGGACUUCCUGCUGUCCGAAGCGUUUCACUACCUGUUUGACUACCAGGUGUCUGAGCUGCCUGCCGGACUGCUAGGCCCAGUGUUCAGCCUGUUUGUACCUUUCUACUCCUCCAUCCCCAAGGUUCCAGUCACUCAACUCCUUGGUCAGAUCUCCAUAACUAACAAGUCCCUGGUUUACAUUGUAGGCCUGCAGCUCCUGACCUCCAGUCCGUUCAUGUGGCUCGUUGCUCUCAGUGGACUGGUCUCUGGGAAGAUGUACUGUCCAGGAAACGCUCUGAGGGUGCAGCGGCUGCUCUAUGUAGGUGGCUGUCCCGUGGUGGGGGCCUUAAUCCUGGAGCCCCUGUUCUCCGGGCCCCCGCCCCCAAUAACCCCCAUAGUGGGUAUGGGGGCUACUCUGGACAUCCAGAGACAGCAGAGGAUGGAUCUCCAUGAUCAGAUGCUGCUGGCCCAGUUCCAUCAGGCCAGGAGGAACCACAGACCACCACAG